AUGAAGUGUCAAUUCUAUCUCGUGGGCGACGACAUCGCCACCACACAAUCCAUAGAUGUGGACUCACACUGGAAGUUUGAAGACCUACAGCGCGCUGUCGGGGGAGUUUUCCAUGUCGCUCUGCCAACAGGUAUCUCCUUCCACUCUGAAAACGAAACGUUGUCGUCCGUCGCCGACAUGAUCUCUGUCGAUUCAUCUCCCAUCGGCCUCCGAAUUGACGGCAAUGCCGUACAAACUCCUCAAGGACCUCCAGGGCUGCCCCUGGUUGGCAGCUUCUACGAGAUCUUCCCAGACCAUCUGGGGAACCACUAUCGACUCUUCCGCAAAUAUGGCCCAGUGAUCAAAACCACCAACAUGGGCAAAACCACCUACCUCACAGACGAUCCGCAGGUCGCCUCAGUCUGUCUCGCAGAAUCAGCCUACAUGACCAAGAAGAUCAACGAGGAUCAUCCCCUCUGGGGCGUGAAAGACAACACCGCCAUCUUCAUCGGCGACACAGAGACUGAAAACUGGCGUCUCGCCCACAAAUACCUCCCACCAGCCAUGGGGCCCAAAGCGGUACGCCACUACACAGGCCUCAUGCAAAACUGUGCAAGAAAGUCUCUACCCGUGUUCGACGAGCUGGACGCCCGCGACGAGUCCUGGAACGUCUACCAGUACAUGGUCAAGCUGGCCUCGCAGACCAUCGGGUCCUUCUCCCUCGGCAAAGACUUCGGCCACUUCGACUCAGUCGACAGCCCCCUCCACCCGAUCGUCACGAACAUCGCCAGUCUCCUGUCGCUCAAUAAGAAGAUCACGUCCCGCGGCGAAUGGUACCGCCACCUCCCCUUCGGCGACCCGGCCCGUCUCCGCCACGUCCAACAUACCAUCUACACAUUACUGCAGGAAGCCAUCGACGAAGUCGCUGGCUCCGGCAUUGCCGACGCCCCCAUGAACGAAGCAGCGCUCAGCGCCUCCUGCGUCGUCGACUACCUCCUCCACGCGGUCGACGAUAAAGGCGAGCACUUCCCGCAGGGCCUCAUCCUCGCUAACAUGCUCAUCGUCACGGGCGCCGGCUUCACCACCACUUCCGCGCUCCUCUCCUGGCUCCUCUACUGUCUGGUCACAUACGAAGGCACACAGGACCGCCUCUACGCCGAACUCAUAGAGCACGGCAUCGUCGGGCCCAGCGGCGAACGCAAUGAAACGCCCUGGACCCCCGAUCUCGCGCACAGCCUCCCCUACCUCGACAAGUUCGUCAAGGAAACUCAGCGCCUCCACAACGCCAGUUUCCAACCGGGGAGAACCACUAAGACUGAUGUCGUGCUUCCGGGCGGGUAUCGUCUCCCGCCUGAUAGUGUCAUUAUCCCUGCGUUGUAUGCUAUCCAUACGAAUCCCAAGACCUGGCGGGACCCGUUCCGGUUUGAUCCGGAUCGAUGGGAUACGGAAGAGGUCAAGGGAAGGCAUCGGUGCGCCUAUAUACCGUUCGCAACGGGGCCGAGGGGGUGUAUUGGGUUUAAUUUUGCGUUAUUGGAGGUUAAGAUUUUGUUGGCGGAGUUGGUGAGUCGGUAUGAGUUUGUGAGGGACGGACUGGAGGCGAUUGAUUAUGAUCCUGAGUUUCAGUUGAUUCGGCCGUUGAACUUUUAUGUUAGGGCUAAGCGGAGGGUGUAA